ACAAAAACAAAAACAUGAAGUUCAAGACGUUUAUUGUGCUUGGUCUUUUGCUUGCUUCGGUUCUUCUCAUUUCUUCCCCAGCUAGAGUGGAUGGAGAGCUCGUAGAAGACUCGAUUCAAGAGAUUAACAAAGGAAGUGGAAAAGGAGGAGGUGGUAAAGGAAGUGGCGGCAAAGGAGGAGGAGGCCAAGGCGGCGGAAAAGGAGGUGGUGGUAAAGGUGGUGGUGGUGGACUAGAAGAAGAUGAAGUGCCGGUGUUUGACCUAAACCAAGGUGGAGGAAGCAAAGGAGGAGGAUCUGGAAAAGGUAAAGGUGGAGGCUCAAGCGGAGGAAAAGGUGGAGGAGGAAAAGGUGGUGGUGGUGGUAUUGAAGAAGAACUGUUUGACCUUGAUCAAGCAGGCAAGGGAGGUAGUUCUGGAGGUGGCAAGGGUGGAGGUUCUGGAGGAGGAAAAGGUGGAGGUUCUGGAGGAGGAAAAGGUGGUGGCUCUGGAGGAGGCAAGGGUAAAGGAGGUGGUGGUGUUGAAGAAGAAGAAUUUUUGGACCUUAACCAAGGAGGAUCCAUAGGCCAAGGAGGCGGACAAGGAGGAGGCAAGGGCAGCGGAAGUGGCAGACAAGGAGGAGGCAAGGGAAGCGGACAAGGAGGAAAAGGUAGCGGCAGUGGCGGACAAGGUGGUAGUGGACAAGGAGGAGGCAAGGGAAGCGGACAAGGAGGAAAAGGUAGCGGCAGUGGCGGACAAGGUGGUAGUGGACAAGGUGGCGGCAAAGGAGGUGGUAGCGGCGGUCAUGGUGGCAGCAAAGGAGGUGGUAGCGGCGGUCAUGGUGGCAGCAAAGGAGGUGGUAGCGGUGGUAAAGGUGGCGGAGGAGGUGGGUCUGGUGGUGGACAAGGAAGCAGAGGAGGGGGGUCUGGUGGUGGACAAGGAAGUAGAGGAGGGGGUUCAGGAGGAAAUAGAGGAGGUGGUGGUAGUGGAGGAGGAGGAGGAUUGAACUAA